UCCUUCUUUGCUUCACUUGACCCAGAAGAUGAUGUGGGUCAAUUUGUUCGAAUGGUUGAUACCCGUGAACCAUUGAAAAUGUUUAGCAGAAGUCCAACAGGAUCGGAGGGCUUCGGAAUUCUGGGGAGUAAUGUGUCCGGUUCUGUAUAUAGGUCAAAGCAAUUAUCUCGAUUUCAGAAAUAUCAAGAGUCACAUAACACUCUUUCAGAUUCUAUUACUUCUGUAACUUCACAAUCCAUUCCACAGCAAUUGGAACCUCCAAGUG